AUGGAAAUUUUAGGGUUCCUGCAUUCGCGGUUUUUCGCUUCAUUAAUUUAGGUAUAGAGUCGCGACUUGGGCAGAGUUCGAUCGCUCAAGUUCGAAUCGAUUUCGGAUUUUCUGGUUUUUUGCUUCAAUUUUCACUCGUUUUGGUGCGGCCUGAGUAGUUAGGGUUCGUGUUUGCUUCUUCUUCAUCUUCUUCUUCUUUUUGCCUUGAUUCCUUCUUUAUGUGGGUUUUCUUCAUCUUAAUCUUGCUUUCCGUUUGUUCAUUCUAAUUCUUUAUAAUAACAGUCUUUUCUUUUCUUUUUUUUUUUGUCUUAAUCGAGUACAUGGAUUCAUCAAACUUGGAUUUUUCGGCGGUGCAGUGGAAUCGGUAAUCAAAUGCUACGAUUGCUGGCAUUUGAAGAGGAGUCUGAGAAUUUCUGGUGGUUAAAAGAUCUUUCCUUUCUAACUGGUUUCUUUGUGGCAUUGGUUUUAACUGGGUUAUAUCCGGAGUUUUCCAAGAAAUGUUCGCCGUUUGAUAUGGUUCUGGCUAUUGGUUUUGGGUUCGUUUUAUUCAUGCUUAAUAAACGCCAGGAACGGAUUAUAUAGUUGAUUUCUUUUUGGUUGUUCAUUUGGCUAUUGCUUUAAAGCUGCUCAAUGUAUUGCUGAGGUCCUAUAUUUGUUUGAUAGCUAGAUAUGUAGUAGGGUUUUUGCCGUGCAUGCGAUAUGUACGGAUGAAAAGUGUUACGGGCUUGUUGAGGAAGCCGGGGAUUUCUGUUGCAGUUCAUGCAACUGUGGAUUCUUUUAAGAUUAUGUUUAGCCCAUUUGGUUCCUGAAGUUUGCCCAUCUUAUUCAGUUCAAGUUCUCCAUUUGAACCGCAUGGAAGGGAAUGCUGAAGUGAGUGAGACCAUAGAGAGCUCCAUGGAGGCUACUCACCUGAAAAGGAAAGAGAAUGAUCAAUCACCACCGCAACCAGAUACCCACAAUCCCUUGCAAACAGCUGCUCCAGUCGUCUCUCGGCAAGUUGUUUGGCCUGAAGGUUUCUCUUUGCUUGAUUCACCCGACAUGUUUCUAGAAACUAUAGCCGGAAAGAAUCUAAGUUACGGUACAGCUUCACAAUCUGGGUCUGAGCCACUUUGGGCAAGCCCUCGCUCUUCAAAUGAUCCUGGAGUUAUGGUGGAAGAGUUGACUCUGAAGAACUACAAGAAUCCUAACCUGUCUAUUGGUGACAGCUCUGUUAGUGGAGAAAAACCACUUGUCAGGAAAAGCCUAUGGCAAAAUUUUAGGAGGCUUGCAGGUGGACAGAGAGAUGUGGCAGCCAAAGAAUCAUCGACAAUGGGCCACCAGGAGGAUGCAGGGAAAAUAAUUCUGUCACCACCCAGGAUUCAGAGACCUCCGCCAUGCACACAAUUGGACCCAAAUAAUUACAAGUUCUCUGAGCAUUUGGCUGAAAGUGAUAACCAGAUGGCCUCAAGCAAUGCCCUGACAAGAUCGCCUUAUGGGAUCCGGACUAAGGUCUUAUCUGCACCAGGUUUUCCACAAGUUUUGGUCAAGAACUCCUUGAAGGGUAAGGGGGUCGCAUAUAGAUAUCAAGGAACUUAUCAAGCCCCAGGCAUGAUGAUCCAAAGUCAAAAUAUCGAAAGGCCUAGUGGCAAUGUUGAUAUAGUUUCUAAUUCAUCACAUAGACCCAGUGGAAAAGCAGAUGGCAUGGCACUUUUCGCUGGCUGCAGUGGUAGGGUUUCAAAUUCUCAUGAUGAUGGAAUUAGCUUGAGGGAAUGGCUUAAACCCAAGCACAAAAAGAUAAACAAGAUUGAGAGGCUGCGUAUCUUUAAGCAGAUCCUGGAGCUUGUAGAUAGUUGCCACGCUCAAGGACUUGCUUUACAGCAUUUACGGCCAUCAUAUUUCAUAAUAAUGCCUUCAAAUCAAGUUAACUACAUUGGCUCUUUUGUUCCCCAAGGUCAGAUGGAGCAGUUGUCAGCCUCAGCAAGUCAAGAUUUUCAUCCCUUGGAGAAUCACUUGAAAAGGAAAGUGUACAUGGAACAGAAUAAAGAUGCCCACGAAAUUUUUAUGUCAAAGCAUCAGAAACUUAAUGAGCAUCAUAGUACCAGCACGCAGCAUCAUGUUUAUCCUCCCACCGGUGGCUUGAAAGGUGAAGAUCAUAAUGGAGAAAUUGAUGUUAUUAUUUCCAGAGAAAGAAAUUCUAUGUGUGAUUUAAGGGAACAAGUAGGAUUUGGGGAAUCAUAUGACACUUGUAACCUAUCCUGCACUCCAAGUAAACCCAAUUCCAGAACCCAACAGUCAAUAUCUGAAAUUUUGAACCUGGAGGGGAGGUGGUAUGCUAGUCCGGAGGAGACAAAUGACAGUAUAUGCACUUUCUCCUCGAACAUCUACAGUCUUGGGGUUCUUCUUUUUGAGCUCUUUUGCUAUUUUGAAACAUGGGAAGUGCAUUCUGCUGCUAUGUCAGAUCUUCGCCAUAGGAUUCUUCCUCAAAAUUUUCUUUCAAAAAGUCCUAAGGAGGCCGGAUUUUGUCUUUGGUUACUGCAUCCAGUGCCUUCAUCUCGUCCCAAGUCAAGGGAUGUGCUGCUAUGUGAUUUAAUAUGUGAAGGUAGAGAUUUAUCAUCCUUAGAUCACUCAACAGCAGCUGUUGAUGAGAAAGAUGCAGAAGCAGACUUGUUGUUGCAUUUCCUCUUAUCUUUGAAAGAACAAAAAGAGAAGCGCACUGCCAAGUUAGAAGCAGACCUUGGACGUUUAAAAGCAGAUGUUGAAGAGGCUGAGAGAAGACAUUUAUCAAGAGCUAAUUUUGUUUCUAAUGGCAAAGAUCUGCUGCAUAACAUCAGUGAUAUCUCAGACAUGUACUCUUGCAAAGGACGUGUAAAUGUGGAGGAUAUAUCUAGCAUGUCCAGGUCAAGUAUUUAUCAGGAGAGGUUGAUGAGGAAUAUGGACCAACUUGAAAGUGCAUAUUUUUCCAUGAGAUCCAGAGUUGAGAUGCUGGAAACUCAUGCUCCAACACGUCCAGAUAUUGAUGUUUUGAAGAUUCGUGAUAAAUGUUAUGGAUUUGAGAAUGGUACUGACAUGUUGACUGAAUCAACUGACUGUCUUGGAGCCUUUUUUGAUGGUUUAUGCAAGUAUGCUCGACAUAAUAAAUUUGAAGUGCGUGGAAGUUUGAAGAAUGUAGAUAUCCUUAACUCUGCAAAUGUUAUUUGUUCAUUGAGUUUUGACCGGGAUGAAGACUAUUUUGCUGCUGCUGGGGUAUCAAAGAAAAUUAAGAUUUUUGAGUUUGAUGCUCUUUUAAAUGACGAUGUUGAUAUUCACUACCCUUUAAUUGAGAUGUCGAGUCGAUCAAAACUCAGCUGUGUCUGUUGGAAUAACUAUAUCAAGAACUAUUUAGCUUCGACAGACCAUGAAGGUGUAGUUCAGUUAUGGGAUGCAAGCACGGGUCAAGGAUUUGCACAGUUCAUAGAGCAUCGAAAAAGAGCUUGGUCUGUCAAUUUCUCACAAGUGGAUCCUACUAAGCUUGCCAGUGGAAGUGAUGACUGUUCUGUAAAACUUUGGAGCAUUAAUGAGAAAAAUUGCAUUGACACGAUUAGGAAUGUGGCCAAUGUAUGCUGUGUCCAGUUCUCGUCACACUCCUCCCAUUUGUUGGCUUUUGGUUCUGCUGAUUACAAGAUAUAUUGUUACGAUCUGCGGCAUACCAGGAUCCCCUGGUGUACUCUGUCUGGACAUGGAAAGGCAGUCAGCUAUGUGAAAUUUCUAGAUGCAGAAACACUUGUUUCUGCAUCAACCGACAAUAACCUUAAGCUUUGGGAUCUUAACAGAACCAACACUGGUGGGUUGUCAAAUGGUGCUUGCACUCUGACCUUUAGUGGUCAUACCAAUGAAAAGAACUUUGUCGGUUUAUCAGUUUCUGAUGGAUAUAUAGCCUGUGGUUCAGAAACAAAUGAAGUUUAUGCUUACUAUAAAACUUUCCCCAUGCCGAUAACUUCCCACCAGUUUGGCUCCAUUGAUCCAAUUACUGGGCAAGAGACAAGUGAUGAUAAUGGACAGUUUGUCUCAAGCGUUUGCUGGAGAGGCAGGUCAGACAUGGUGAUUGCUGCAAACUCGAGCGGUAGCAUAAAGGUAUUACAGAUGGUUUGAGAGGAGAAUUUAUUGAUAAUCUUGAGCAAGGAGGCAGAGAGAGUGAACGGAAGCUGCCAUUCCAGAGACUGGUGAUGAUGAGUUAGAAUUCUUUCAGAUUAGCUGGUUCAAUUUUCAAAACUUCUUCACUUAGCAAUAUGCCAUUUUGGCUCGGAAUCAGAUAUCUAGGGUCUAAAGUUGACAGAAGAUAUGGUGAAUUGUGCAGGUCUGCAUUUAUCUUGUGGUAUUGAUCGCCACGUACCCAUCAAGAAUUGCUGCAGAUUCUCUGAGCUUUUGUAGCUCUAUGUUUGGUAUUCACGGGUAAAAAGGAUCUGAUCCCGCAACCUGAGAUCAUAAGUAUCCUUGUCAACCAGGCCAUGGAAUGGAACCCUCUUUAUGUUGGCUCGAGCUUUGUUUGCAAGGAGAAGAAGAUAUGCUACAAGAAGCAGAAGAUUGUAUGCCAAGAAUGGAAAAAAGUACGAUGACCUAUUCAGACUUGUAUCAGACAAGAUGGUAUGCAUAUUGGAGUUCACUUCUUGCUUGAAUCGAGAAAGCAGCGACAAUCAGGACACUUGGUCUAGGAACUAAAACAGGAUAUAUGUACAGGAAUUUUCUAGAGGCUCUCAGGGUUGUAUAUCAUUAAUGUAAGCAGUAGUGGUACCAAAGGAUUAUGUAAUUAGGUUUUAGCAUAUGGUGUUAAGUGGUGCGUCCCACCCUGUUUUGAAGGGAAGGAGGUGGACCAACCAACGCUCUUGCGGACACGAAGAACAUGUAUAUAUAGUGCAAAAUAACCAUUCUUUAUUUAACAAAUGGGAUUUGAUGUAAAUAUUUUAAGUUAGUGUGAUUUCUAUCUGCAUAGGGUGGUGUUUCGGUGUAACAAAAGACCACGUAUGUACGGAUGAAAGCAUUCUUAAGACAAAAAUUAUGAUAUACAAAGUCAGGAAAUCCAACAAUCAGGAAUUUUCCUUUUGAAUAUAA